AUGGGUUGGGUGUAUAAUGCCUCGCCUGAGGUCGAGGCGGCGUCGCAGUACCCAGUGAUUCUCGGCGUCUGCAUAAGUCUGACAAUCUUGAUGAUUAUCACAGUCUGUCUGCGUUUGUACGUGCGGGCACAGGCUAGUCGACUGGGGUCUGCAGACUAUGUGAUGGUCGUUAGCAUGAUUUUCAGUAUAAUCUACAGUUCAUUAUGCAUUGGUCAAAGUCGAUAUGGACUCGGAUUACCGGUGUUACUGCGGCCGAAGCCUGACCUUGCUACCUAUACCAAACUCAACUAUGCAGGUCGACCAUUUUACCAGCUCGGUAUCGCCGGAUUCAAGGCCUCCCUUUGCCUCAGUUACCUGCGCCUCAUCUCAGGCACCUCGAUGAACAUGUAUCGGAUACUGAUAUGGGCGGUUAUCGUGCUGUGUACACUUGGCCACAUAGCAGGUGCUCUGGUUCUGAUCUUCAACUGCACGCCGGUCAGACGUGCAUGGGAUUUCUCAGUGCAUGGCCAUUGUCUCCCCGUUGGCCCUACAUUUUACGGUCUCGCCAUUUUCACGAUCGUCUGCGAUGUCGUGAUCAUAUUCCUUCCAAUCCCGCUACUCCUUCACCUGAGCAUCAAACCCGCCCAAAAGGCAGGUGUCGUGUGUCUAUUCCUGCUCGGCCUGUUCACGACGAUUUGUUCCAUUCUCCGGCUCACCCAGAUCCACCGGGUAGCCUUUGGCGAUGGAAAUUCUACGAUGCUGGUUCUCUGGGGAACUAUUGAAUUCAAUAUCGGGAACAUCGUGACCUGUGUUCCCUAUCUUGCCCCUCUUCUUCGAGGCUUUGUUCGCGACUUCCGAUCGACCAGCGGCCCGAAGUACUACGAUACCCAAGGAAGAAGCUAUGCCAUGGAGAAUUGGUCCAAGGAUCCGCGCUCGCAUCUGCAGUCGAAUGCAUCUGGGCCGCCCGUGCCACGGCGAUCCCCGAGCGAGGAACUGAUUCUGUCGAGCCGUGAGCCAUCGCAUGGUGGGAUUGAAAUGACGGUCGAGUAUUCAGUAUCAUUAGAGAAUGAGCCGGAGAAGACUCCCAGGUUACGGUGA